AUGUCCAAACUGCUAGUAACGUUGUUCUCGAGCAGUGCGGGGGUGUUCAUCUUGGCUUAUUUGGUCACCAUGUGCUACGUGUAUCAGGAUAUGAAUUCUUUGUACGAAGACAUCAUGCUGGACAUUCGUGACUUCAGAAGCACGGCCGACGAUGCCUGGAACAAGAUGCACACGAUUCACGCGUUGCGGCCAAAAAGAAGUUCAGGAUGUGGUUGUGCUAGACAUACUUGUCCACCUGGACCACCAGGACCAGUUGGUGAAGUUGGCGAGAGAGGUGAAGAUGGUGAGAAUGGCAAAAAAGGUCGGCCUGGCGCACCUGGAGUGGCGCUAAUUGGAGACGUACCCAAAGUCGGUGGAUGUAUUCAAUGCCCGGCUGGUCGGAUUGGUCAGCCUGGUCCACCAGGGCCUUCUGGACCUGCUGGUCAAGAUGGCUAUCCUGGCAUUCGAGGCCAGCCUGGUCAAGACGCCUUCCCUGGACCAAUCGGACCAGCUGGAGAUGUGGGACCAGAAGGUAAACAAGGAUAUUCAGGCAAGGAAGGUAUUCAUGGGUUGGACGGUACUCGCGCCGUACCACAAGUAGGACCAAAAGGACCACGUGGACCGGAAGGCAAUCCUGGGCAUCCAGGUAGGCAAGGUCAAUAUGCCAAAUUUGGUGAACGAGGUCCACCUGGAGAGCAAGGUCAAGUCGGAGAGCCGGGUGAAGACGGUCGUGAUGGUCUUCCUGGUAUCGAUGGUAUUCCUGGAGGACAUGGACAAGAUGCUGGAUAUUGUCCAUGCCCACACCGUGCCAAUGGGAUCAACGGUGUGAAGCCGGAUUCGGCGCCAGGAAGCUACAGAAUGAGAUAUUUCGUCUAA